AUGCAGUCCAUGUUCCGCCUCCCAUGGAGUACCGAGUCGCCAGGCGACAGGAUCAUGGAGAAGGCUACGCUGCACAAGUCAAGACCGAUGCCGGUCGUUGAAAUCCCCGCUUUCAACAUGAAUCAAAUCAAGCGCAAGGCGACGGAUAGCCCCGAGCCGGCAUCGACGCAGCAUGCGCACGUUGUGAAGAAGUGGAAGAGCGCGCAAGGCGAGAUGAAGCCCGCCGCCGCCAAGACUAGUGCGAACUUUGCGGACGCUGUGGCGAUGGAAAGCUCGAAGCCCGAAGAUGCACAGAGCAUGCCUCAGACUGCUUCUGCGCAUGUUCUGGAAUCGCGGCCUAAGGCGCAAUUACCGAGGAAGGACAGUGUGCUGAAGAGCAAGACGUCGAAACCGCAGCAGGCAAAUGUGAAGUCCGAGACCGCCAGCACUCCUGAAAUCUCCAACGCAACAAAUUUGACUGCUGCUCAACAAGCGAUCGAGGCGCAAAUCAGCUACGAGAUCCUUUUGAAGCACAACGAACUUCGUCUUAUCGAGCAAGAGUUGGCCAAGUGUCAGGUUUCCAUGGAGCAGCUCAGGCGUUGUUCGAUGAUCCCAUUCCCAGGCACUGAGGGUCUCUCCGACAACCUCAGUCAAGGUGUCGGCGCUGCUCUGCAACCACCCACCGGCUACACGGAGCCUCAAUUUGCUGCGCCCUGGGGAGUCACCGACGGUCCAUACACUCGUCAUUACGCCAAGUGGUUGAUCUCGGACAUGCAGUUCGACUCCAUGUCUCAUCGUGCGCUCGCUCAGCAGACUCAGAGUUACUUUGGUGCUGGUGAGGGCAGGACGACGCGCGCCAGCUUCGGUGAUUAUCAUCAUGCGAACAAGGGCCGCACGUCGCGAACUUCGACUGGAAUGUUGAAGCUCCCGCCUCUCGGUGAAAAUCCAGCACCAGCACCAAAGAUUGACCCUCUGCUGCACAAGCGAUCUACCGACGGUCAGUGGGUACGAUUGUACUGCGCCCAGUGCGGUCACAGCAACUUCUCCAACACGCAAGGCUUCCUCAACCACUGCCGCAUUAAGCACAGCCUGGUGUUCAAGAGCCACGACCAGGCAGCCAUCGCCUGCGGUGUCCCUGUGGAUAUCAACGAGGCUGGUCAACCGGUCACUGCGACCGAGCCUGUCAGCACUCCGGCCUCGGCACCUGCAGUGUCAUUUUCCAUGCCUGCUACGCCUGGUAUCGUGAACCCUCUCGCAGCCCAGCCCAGCCUAUCUCAGCAGGCCAAGGACGUCUACCGCGAUUUCAACGCUGCGCCACGUGAGGAAUCGCAGCCGACCGCAGUCGACUUCACUGGCUCACUGUCAACACCGCAUCUGAGCGCUUUGGCUCAAAAACGCGGCUUCGAGGGCAACCUGGAGGAGCUUGUCACUACGGCUCGAUCCAAGGUUGAUCUUGACGCGAUCGAGCAUUCAGAUGACGAUCUCGCGGACACCACUGCAGCUCCGACCCCGGUCAAUGCCAACCCGCCUCAGCUAGCGCGCCUUCCCGUUAGCGCCCCCAACAAAGCGCCUGCAAGCAAGGCCCCCUUGGCACGGCCAGGCAGUAGGAAGGGCAACCAAGCCAGUCACGCCAGACUUCCGUUUUCGUUCCCAUCGCCCGUCAAGUCAGAGUGUGAUGAGCACAUGCCAGACUCGCCGUUGGACCUCAGCCCUCACACUGUUGAGUCCAACCCCGGUCUAGUAAGCGACCACGACGACGAUGACGACGACGAGGAUGAUGCGCACAGCCAGCCCGACUUCAUGCUUCACGACGAUGUCGUUGUCGAGGAUGCGAGCGACGUUGAAGGCUCGCACGAGCGCGCAAGCUCUCGCCAUGGGCUCAAUAGCUGUUGCGAGAAGGGUGAGAUGAGCCACAAGCAUUAG